CAUCUGGAUUUGCGGAAACGAUGCGCAUAUUUCAGCUCUCUACGUAACAUCCUUCGUCUACAAACCAAAAUGGCGACCGCCACAGAUUUAGCACCGUGACAGUUCGACCGAAAUUGUGCAACUCUUCAGUGUUUUCAAAAUAGACCUGAACCGUCUAAAACUACAUGACCUUGCCUGUUUGGAUUUUAAUUACCAUGGCCCUUCGCAGACUAUCCUUCAGAUUACGACAAACGGUAGUGCCGGUGCGGCCGCUCCAUGGCAGUGGGUGUGGCCAGCAGCUGGAGGCGGUUGGCAUGGAGACGAGACCGGAGACAUUUUCCAUCUUCAGAACACAGGAGAACGACCCGGCCUGUCAGUCAGAACAGCACCUAGGGCAGUACUACACUGUGCCCCCCUCCCACUUCCACACUGUCUUCCCCCACGGCCUGCCGCCACGAUACCAACAACAGGUGAAGACGUUUAACGAGGGCUGUGUGAUGGUGAGGCAGCCAGCUCUGGAGCUGAUAUCUCACCUGAAGAGAGCCGACUACAGCAAGCCCACCCUGCGCUACCUACUCUAUGGUGUGAAGGGCAGUGGGAAGACCAUGUCUCUCUGUCAUACUGUCCACUACUGCUCCACACAGGGAUGGCUAGUACUACACAUACCAGAUGCCCACCUGUGGGUGAAGAACUGUAAGGAGCUGUUGCCCUCCUCCUACCACACCUCCCGCUUUGACCAGCCAAUACAGGCCUCCAACUGGCUACGCAACUUCAGAACCACCAAUGAACACUUCCUCUCCAAGAUCAAGUUGAGGCAGCGGUACGUGUGGACUAAGAGAGAGAGCACUGAGGAGGGACGGCCAUUAGGGGAGCUGGUGGACAUGGGAGUGUCUCGUGUGAAGAGCAGCAGUGAUGUGGUGGGGGCAGUUCUAAAGGAGCUGAGGCUACAGGCUGGGGGGACAGAGGGGGGCUUCAGGCUGGCUGUGGCUGUUGAUGGAGUCAACGGUCUCUGGGGAAGGACCACGCUCAAGAAGGAGGAUAAGAGCCCUGUGGCUCCAGAGGAGUUGACGUUGGUUCAUAACUUGAGGAAGAUGAUCAACAAUGACUGGUGUGGAGGGGCGGUCAUCGCCACUCUGUCUCAGACAGGGUCGCUCUACGCUCCAAGCUCUGCCUACCUGCCCCAGGAGCUGCUGGGAGAGGAGGGCUUUGACAGCAUGGACCCGUUUGUCCCAGUACCAGUCUCCCUCUACAGUGAGAAGGAGUUUGAGAGCAGUUACCUCUACUACCUGGACCGCCACUGGCUACAACACCCACACAGUCAGACAGAGGAAGGGAAGAAAGAACUGAUCUUCCUCAGCAACAAAAACCCUUCUGUACUGGAGAGACUGUGUGCCUUCCUGUAACAUCACACAUGGACCCACUCCCUCCCACUCACACACACCCAUAAUCAUGGACAAACCAUAGAGAUAGAUAGAGGACUCAUCUUUAUAUCUGUGCCUUUACAGCGUCUGUGACAGCAUGGGCAGCCCCAUUGAGGCUACAACCCAUAGGAAUCCCCACUCAGUUGACUACUUUGACUACUUUAAAAUGGCGGAAGCAUGGUGGAAGCCCUCAAUGGUGCUGCCGACGCACUAUCAAGGCCACUAGCGGCCUCUAUCAUUCUCUAUGGGACAAACACCAAUACAGACUCACGCAUAACUGCAAUGUUAUAAUCCAUGUAUAUGUGUGUAUCCCUCCAUAAAUUAUUCUGGUGUGAUGCAUGAUAGUGUAUGUCUUUUUCAUAAUAAAAAUGUACAUGAAAAA